AUGAAACUCUAUCUAUGGGACCAUGCAGCAUCUGAAUUCUGCGAGAAAUUCAAGUCGUAUGUAAGCACUCCAAGCGUUAUUUUGGUCACAACAGUAAACCCUAAACAUCUUGGAGAACGUAUGUGUGGAACCCUUGCUCUCACGUCGAUGUCAUCAUCUCGAGUGUUUAUGGAUGCUGAUGUCCAGCCUAGCAGGGACUAUCUUGCCUGGUUGAGUUUCAACUCAGAUAUUGCUAACAAAAUUGAUGCAGAGGUUGUUACUAAGCCUGAGACCGCAACUCUAGCGGAACUUUUCUCCUACAUCAAACUGGAAACUGCUAAGGUUGCGUGGUUCGAAUGUACAGCAACUAUAGAUGAUGUCGUUCGUGGUUCCGCUUGGUAUUAUAUUUCAUGCGGUGGGUGUAACAGUAAGGCAGUCAAUGGGCCUACCUCUCUCAUUUGUAACAACAAGAAAUGUGACAAGAGUGUUUUUACAGGCAUUCCUCAAUACCUCACGAGGAUUAAUGUUUAUGAUAAGAGUGAACAUGCAGUUUUCGUGAUCCUUGGUGACGCCGGCAGAGAGUUGACUGGAAAACAUGCAUCAGAAUUAGUUGCUAGUUACUUUGAGUGUAAUGAGGGCGUAGAGGCUGAUCAGUGCGUGCCGGUGCCGCAGGCUCUACUCGAUACAAUAGGGCAGACACAUAAAUUCAUUGUGGAAGUCUCCGAUCUUAAUUUCUCAGGGAAGACCCAAACCAUUACUGUCACGAAGGUAUUCCCACCAGAGGCUCCACAUCAUGUAGCUCUCUUGGAAGAACACGCUGUUCCAUCAACAUCUGAUGAUGUCUUGAAGUCUAUUUAUGAACAGAUUGAGUCUAAGGAUCACAAGAUCGACAGAAUGGAGAACCCACCUCCUAACCCUCCUGUCCAAAUUGCAGACUCUCAUUUAGCUAAUCAGACUGCUUACAAAGCUGCUUGCAUAUAUCUAACGUAUCAAUCACGUAAACCAUAA